ACAUAAGUAAUUGUAGUAAAUGUAUAAAUUAUGAAAUAGUUAAAAAUUUAAAUUUUUUAAAUAAAAAUUACACUUAUGUGCUGAAAUUGCUCUUUAAUAAAAAAAAUUAUCAAUUUGUGCAGCUUACGAUAAAAAAUGACUCAAAUGGUUUUAUUAACAUUAUUAAUAGUAUUUGAUACAUGCUAUGGAACUUCUAGAAAUCUUAAAAUUGACCUAGAUGUAGCAUGGUCUGAAUGGAGUUAUCAUCUUAGUGAUGAUUACACACAGUAUAUUGGAUACUAUGAAGGAAUGACAGAUGAUAUAGACAUUCAUUCUAAAAUAAAAGCACAGUAUUUAUCUGGAAUAAAUAAUAUUAGACAUUGGCAUAGUGUAGAACCUCUAAAACAAAUAAUAGAAUUAGAUGAAAUUGCACAGGCAUAUGCAAAUUAUAUAGCUAAGACAGGAAAAUAUGAAGUAGGUGUACCAAAUUCAGCUAUUCAAUUGAUAAUAUCAUGUCGUGAUGUUAAUGAAGACGUCGGAAAAACUUUACCUUAUGAAUUGUAUAGUAAUUUUGAUAAAGGUGAUAAACCUUUUGAUUUUGAAGCGAAUGAGGAGGAAAUGGUUAAAAUGCAGAAUGUUGAAGGGCGUCGAGUUUCAACUUGUAUAAUUUGGAAAAGUUCCAUUAACAUAGGAAUUGGUGUGGCAAAAACAAAUGAAAUUAUAUGUAAUAAAAAUACGCAACGUGGGCCAUUUUAUAUCAUUGUAGCAGCGAUACAUCCUAGGCCAAGUGUAUUGGAAAAAUUUAAAGAAAAUAUAACACCUAGAAAUCUAGUGCCCAUGAUACAUGAUGGUUAUUUCCAAAAUCUAGAGAAAGAAAAAGAACGCGACAAAAGUUUUAUUAGAUACAAAAUGGACUCAUUGUUCCGAAACCUUAUGGAACGUGUUCUAGAAAAGGAUGUCAGCAUUGAAAAAAAAGAAAACUAAACGUUCAAAAACUCAUUUCUUAUUUUUGAAUUAUUAUGCUGUUAAAAUAAAUAUAAGUUAUAACUAAAUUAAUCUUUAUAAAAACUUGUCUGUAUCAUUAAUAAUAUUUUUACGAUAUUCAUUUAAAAUUCUCAAGUAUAUCUAAAUGGUUCUUAAAAAAAAAAAAUCACAGCAAGUAUGAAAUUAUCUUGAUUAUUAUUUAUAUUAAUGUAUCAAUUAUCAACUAAUAAUAGGUUCUUAGUAAUUUUAAUAGUUUAUUAGUAAUAUAUACACUCUUUUACGUAUGUUAUUUAA